AUGGCGCCCAGAAAGCCCUCCACUACCGCUGAGGUCGCAUUGGUCCCUCUAAAGAACUGCCUCGUGAACUUGCCGCCUUCGCUGGUUUCUCUGUUGGUCAACGCGAACACAACUGCACAGAAUGUGAUUGUCGAGCUACAAUUUCGCCCGACCGUUGGGCGCGCCAACAAUGGCAGCAAUACCCCGCGAUCAUGUUACCUAGGGUGGACAGGAAUGCCGAGCAAACGCAGAAUUGCCCCUGUUGUAGGAAGAGAUGGCAUCAACAACUCAUCCUCUACAAGGGAGCAAGAUGCUUCUACGGUUGAGUUGGAUACCACGUUUGGGAGGGUCCUCGGCUUGAGUGAGGGACAGAGAGUCGGCAUAUUUAUUCACCUCGAUCCCCCGGUAGCUCAUACGAUCAAUAUUGAACCUUUGACACCAGAAGAUUGGGAGAUCAUCGAACUUCACGCGACGUUCUUGGAACUCAAUCUCUUGUCACAAAUCCGCGCUUUGCCAAAUCCUACGUACACGUCGCAAGCCGAUCAUAUGCAUCCCCUAGCGUUACAUCUGUCUCCCACAUCUACGGCGAAUAUAGUCAUUACGUCGCUGACUCCUGCUCCGUCGAAUACAUCUCCAUUCGCUAAGAUUGCCCCUGAUGCCGAGGUUAUUGUCGCGCCCAAGACUCGUCCGAAGGCAAAUACGCGGGUGUCGCGCGGUGACAACCGGAGUGUCACUGGCAGCAGCAAGAGAAGUGCUGGCGGACGAAGCAGUGGAGGAAGUACCGUACGUGGUAGAAGCACCAAAUCCGAGACUAGCCGAGGUGCGCUUUACUUUAGAGGACUUGAUCGCCAAUGGUCGGAUCAGUAUUUCGAUGAAGAGUCCGAAGAGGAUGAUAACGAGGGCUUCCGCCUCUGGCUCGACCCUGAUGUGCUGGCAACGAAUGAACUCCGCGGCGCUACUUGGGCAUGUGUCACAUUGGUUCAGCCCUCUGGGUUGAAGCCACCACCGGACCCUCAGCAGCAAAUGAGUCAAGCGGAACAAAAGGCUAGUGAUGCUGGCACCCCUACGACCAAACUUGUGGCCAAGUUGAUUCCCUGGGUUGAUGCACCGGACACUCAAAAUGCCGCCCUUUCUUCAGUCCUUUGCUCCGCAAUAGGGACAGAGGGGAUGGUAGGUGGCAUCAUUCGCGUUGAGGCAGCACCUCCGCCAUUGCAACGGUCCGCUACCAAAUCACUCAAAGUCUAUCCGUUCCUAACGGACGUAUCAAAGCGGAAGGACGGGUUGAAAUUUGGAUCCGAUACAAUCGCCGCAAAGGAUGCAUUAGCGGAGCGUAUCAAGGUUCUCUACGGCAGCACGGGUUCAGGCAAGGGCCUACUCACAGGACCCCUGACUGAUGGUAUGGUUCUUCCGAAAUCCGAUAACCAACCAACCGUGUCUGCAUUCGAUGGGGCUAUAAUUCGUUUUGAUCCUCCCUUGAAGAGCAACUCUGAUUCAUCAAAGUCAGAGUUUGGGUGGUUGUUAGGUUCUGACGCGAAGCUGCCUCUUGAAAUUCAGGCAGAAAUACCAAAACCAGCCGAACAGAAUGCGUUGAGUCUCGCCAUGGAGGACCCAAUACCGGCUACUGCACCCCCCAUGGUUGGCAUCGACCAAGUCAUUUCGCAAGCAUUAGACAAUCUCUCCAAAUCCUGCUCUGUUUUGGUAACCGGAGGUCUUGGAUCUGGAAAGACUGUCCUGGGACAACUCUUGGCCCAUCGUUUACAAAAAGAGUCUCUCUUCAAUGUGAAGUACUUCUCCUGCCGUAAACUUGUGACUGACGAGACUCGAAUCUCCAAUAUCAAGGAGACUUUGACCCGUUUAUUCAUGUCCGCAGCCUGGUGUGCCCGGCUUGGUGGAAAAUCCGCUGUGGUUCUUGACGAUCUUGACAAGUUGUGCCCAGUGGAAACUGAAUUGCAAGUGGGAGGAGACAAUGGCCGUAGCCGUCAAAACAGUGAAGUGAUUUGCUCCAUGGUACACGAGUUCUGCUCUAUGAACUCAGGGGUUGUUCUUCUCGCAACAGCGCAGUCCAAGGAGUCGUUGAACAACGUUAUUGUGGGAGGUCAUGUGGUUCGAGAAGUAAUUCACCUCAGGGCCCCGGACAAAGAAGGGCGACGCAAAGUGCUGGAGCACCUCACGAGUCAAGACCGUGGAGCCGCGGGCACCACAGCAGAAGCCGGACCAGCCACCAAUGGCCACACGAGAGCCGCUAGUUCAUCUACUAAUGACUCUUGGUUGGAUCCUUCAAAUCCGGGAAGCCGUCCAAGCUCGUCUGGUGGCGAUGGGUUCAUCCUGGCGCGGGAUGUCGACUUCCUCGACUUGGCUGGUAAGACCGACGGGUUUAUGCCCGGGGACUUGGUCCUGUUGGUUGCCCGCGCACGCAAUGAAGCCCUCAUUAGAUCUGUUACCGAGUCAUCGGAUGAUUCAAAGGCAGUCACGCUCGGGUUAAAAGAUUUCGAUAGUGCCAUCAAGGACUUUACCCCAGCGUCGCUUCGCAAUGUGACCCUCACUUCAUCCACCACAACUUUCUCCUCCAUUGGUGGCCUGCACGAGACUCGCAAGAUGCUGCUGGAGACUUUGCAGUACCCCACAAAAUAUGCUCCUAUUUUCGCACAGUGUCCAUUGCGGUUGCGGUCCGGUCUACUACUCUACGGGUUUCCUGGAUGCGGUAAAACUAUGCUGGCAAGUGCUGUGGCAGGCGAGUGCGGUCUCAAUUUCAUCAGCGUUAAGGGUCCAGAGAUCCUCAACAAAUACAUCGGUGCUAGUGAAAAGAGUGUACGAGAUUUGUUCGAACGAGCACAGGCUGCCCGACCAUGUAUCCUCUUCUUCGAUGAGUUUGACAGUAUCGCACCCAAACGUGGGCAUGACUCUACUGGAGUUACAGAUCGAGUGGUCAACCAGCUUCUCACACAAAUGGACGGUGCCGAGGGUCUAUCGGGAGUCUACGUUCUCGCAGCAACAUCGCGGCCGGAUUUAAUUGAUCCUGCGUUGCUCCGUCCAGGUCGUCUGGACAAGUCGCUGCUUUGUGAUAUGCCUAACCAUGCUGACCGGGCUGAUAUCAUCCAAGCCGUUAGCAAGAAGCUUCUAAUGAGCGAAGAGGUGGUAACCCGACUAGAUGAGGUAGCAGAGCGCACAGCAGGAUUCUCCGGUGCUGAUUUACAGGCGGUAGUUUAUAACGCUCAUCUCGAAGCGGUGCAUGAUGCUCUAGGAGACCGAACAGGUGACAAGCCGGCCGCGAAAACCGCAAAGACCUCCGCUCCCAGCACAAGCAGUCGUUCGUUUAUCCAAUUCCUGUACUCCGAUUUGGAACAGCGGGCUGGGUCUGCGGCAAUGCCGGCACCAGCAGUGGUGGCAUCCAAGCUUGAUGCGCUGAAAAACGCACGACGCCGUCAAAGGCAACUAGAGCAAGGGGGCGCCAACCCAGCCCCAACCAACGCAACGAGCAACCCCAACGAGAAAGGCUCGGAUGAGAUUCGUGAAGAGAUUAUAGUUCGAUGGGAACACAUGGAGCGGUCCUUGAAUACGACGCGCAGUUCGCUCAGUUCAGCUGAGCGCAGGCGCCUACUUGCGAUCUACCGGGAGUUUGUCGAGGGCCGCGACGGCGAGAUGCCGAACGGAGAAGGGGGACGAGAAGUCGGAGGACGAACGAGUCUGAUGUAG